CUUCCUAAUUUUACCCCCACUCCUCUGUCGUAAUGACCAUGACCACUGUGCUGCACUACUGUGCCGAAAUGGAAAGCACCCACGAAAACAAUCACAAACCUCUAAGGUUAACUUUACACAAUAGUUUUUUCUAUUUAUAAAAAGAGACAGAAAUGAACGAAAAGGGAUUUAAUAUUUAUUGGCAAAAUUAUCAUCGUGCCUUCGAAUGGCGAAACAACAGCCAGAUGUCGCACUGGAAAGCUCGAGCUCGGGCUUUGGAAGUGGAGAAUGCGUUGCUGAAGGGUUACAUUCAAAAAGGGCUGCAGUCAGGGUUCCACAGUGGUGCUGUGUGUCGUGAUCCAUUUGAAAACAAUGAACCAUGUGCAGCUCAGGAAGAAGAAGUCGUAACGAAUCAAGACGAUGAUGACUAUGCUUGUGAAGACAUUGAAAUUGAUGAAGAACUCCUUGCAUUUUAUGAGAAAACCAUGAGACACAAAAUAGAAAGAAAAAAAAGACAAUCUCUAGAGCGUAAGAGAGAAAGUGAAGACAGUCAUAGUGAAAACGAACAAGUUUAUUCAAUGGGUCCAAUAUCUACUUCACAAAAAUCUACUGACAUGACUCUGUUAUAUGGAGGUGAUGCCCCUAAAAUUUUAAGUAUGGAACUAUCAAUGCAAAUUAAUUUUGAUAUGAAUCGUAGCAAGUCUAACCCUCUAUUAUGGCCAAAUAUUCCCUUAAGGUUAUCUUAAUUUAUUAAUUUAUUACUUGUCAAAUAUGUUGGGAAAUUAUGUGCAUGUAUAUGAACUGUUAUGUGAAGAUCAUUGAAGGAAAGUUUUCAGCAAGUCAAGUCCUAGAAUCCCAUUAAAUAAAUGAUUAUUGCCUAUUAUUUAACUGUGAUUGUUGCCUGAUAUGCUGCUAAAGAACAUAAACUUAUGAAUGAAUUAAAAUCAAUUUUAUUUUA